AUGGACACUAACGCUACACAAACGCAGCAGAGACCAAGCUAUCAGCGCAACGCAUCCUCAAAGCCCAACCUUCUCCGAUCCCUCGUCGCUUCGAAGUCAAGACCAUCGUCUCCAGAGCCUGCUAAGCGUAGAGCAGCAGUGAGAACAAAGUCAGUGCCGUUGCUGCCGCCGGAUCAUCCACAUGCUGCUAAGAGCAGACCGCUGGGCGAACUGCAGAACAACGUGCAGUCUCCAUCGUCGUCGCUGUCUAAGAGUGGGCGACGAGGUGUCACAGCUAAUAAAGCUAGCAAGGAGGUUGAGGGUGUGAAGGUGGCUACGAAGACUCGAGAUGGGCCAGAUGCAGUGAUGAAGUCCAAGUCUUCAACCAACCUCGCAGCUGUAUUCGCCAAACUAAAUCGCUCAAGCAAGGACUUGUCAGCAACAAUCAAAAAGGACAAAGAGAAUACUACGCCACCGGCUACCUCGAGCGGACAGGCGGAGACGCCGAUAUGGUCGCAGCUUGCUUCGAGCAGCAAGCCGCUCUCGAGGCCAAGUACCAGAGACAGCAAGUCAUCUAGCAACAUUGCCGAAGAGAUCGAGAAGUAUACACCACGCGAGUACUCCCCGUCGAAGCAGCGAAAUUUUGCUGGGACACUCGAGCAGCCAUCACUCAGACCUAGUCUCCAAGCUCGACCGCAGAGCGCUUACGUACCGGGAUCGGAAAGCUUGGUGGGAGCCAUCACUCGCAGGGUUAGCGGGAGCCGACUAAGCACCGAAGGCAGAAGAUCAGAAGACUCGGCCAGCCGAACGAGCAAAGACAGUAGACGGAGAGUCUCUGGUGAGCGGCCGGUCUUGCUUAAGCGCAGUAGCACUGAGCGGAAAGCCAGCGGCAGCAGCGCGGAGCAGGUGCUGGGAGUUAAUACACUCAGUGUAGCUAAGCGAGGAGGUCGGGUGAUGGCUGCUGUAGCUGCACUGCAAGGCAAGGGUAAGACCGACAAUGCACCUGCGAAGCCGGAGAUCGAGCUAGACCCAAAGGUCGUGGAUCAGGCUUUCGAAGCAGUGCUUGACUCUCGUAACAUACCAGAGCCGAUGCGGCAGAAGAUGCGGUCUUUGACCUUGCGUGUCAAGGCGGACUUUGUAAGGCAGGACAAGGGAUCGAACAUGGUCAGCAACAGUCCGAACGGGACAGUAAAUGCCACUCACCCAGACGCCCAGCCAACAUCGACGGCCCCAGAGGCUUCGCCGACAGACGCGCAAUUGGAUGCAGAUUACCAAAAGUCGACCAAGCGAUCUCGGCCACGCAGCCGAACCUUCACCUUCUCGAAAAGCGACAAACAUGCGUCCACCUCGCCCUCGAAGAAGCAGCGCUCGCAGAGCAGAAGCCGACCAGUAUCUGUCCACGUCGCGAAUGACGCGAACACCAUCACGUCGUCAACGAGCGCAACGACACCCAUUUCGCCUUUCGGCUCGCUAGGUCGAAGAUCGGCCGCUCCCGCCAUCCCAGCGGACUAUAUAGCUUACCUUCGCAAGCAUACUGAUCCGACAGUCGUCGAAGUAGGCCGGUUACACAAGCUUCGGAUUCUACUUCGUAACGAGACGGUCGCUUGGGUUGACAGCUUCCUUGCUCAAGGCGGUAUGUCCGAGAUCGUGCAAUUGCUGCACCGCCUUAUGGGCCUUGAGUGGCGAGAGGAGCAUGAGGAUCAGCUCUUGCACGAGACGCUGCUGUGUCUCAAAGGCCUCUGCACGACUGAGCGAGCAAUGGCUGAGUUGGCUGUGGUGGCGGACGAGCUGUUUCCGGCACUGCUGGGGAUGUUGUUCGACGAUGAGAAGAAAGGUCCGGCGGAGUACGCGACUCGGACUGUGAUCAUCAAUGUGUUGUUCAACUUCCUCGCCACGGCCACCAGCUCCUCUGCCGCAACCCUUACAGAACGAGCCCACCGCAUCCGGUCGUACCUUGGCGAGACUACCAAGUCUGAGGACGAGAAGCCGGUGGACUUCGUCCUGACUAUGCACACACCUCGCCCUUACCGCCUUUGGAGCCGCGAGGUCGCCAUGGUGACCAAGGAAGUCUUCUGGAUCUUCCUGCACAACCUUAACGUCGUACCACGCCCAAAGGCAUCCGACGACACCACUACCAACGAUCCGGCUCGCGCUGAAGUUCUAGCAGCGACCUACACCCACCGCCACUUCCCGGGCUCUCGGCCACCCGUCCCCGCCGCACCGUACAUAGGCGGCGUAGAAUGGGACGCAACGACCUACCUAACCGCACACCUAGACCUGCUCAACGGCGUCCUAGCCUCCCUUCCGACUGCCACAGCUCGUAACAAUCUCCGCGCGGAGCUGAAAGCCAGCGGGUUCGAAAAAGUUAUGGGCGCCACGCUGCGGACUUGCAAGGAGAAAUUCUACUCCGGCGUGCAUGAUGGCUUGCGAGCAUGGGUUGCGGCGGCGACGGAGGAUGAGUGGGAGACAAGGUUUGUGAGGGAGGGCCCGGAUUUGGAGGAGAGGGCGAGGAGUGUGAGUCCGAAGAAGAGUCCAAGAAAGAAGGAGGAGGGGGCCCCCAGGUUAGAGGAGGUGAAGGUGGAGGCGUUGCCGAAAUUGGAGUUGGGGUUCGAGGGUGAGCGGAAAGAGGGUGGUGAUGAUUCUGGAUGGCUUGAAUGA